GCUGUUUUCGGGGGGGCUCCAGAAGACCCUGCGGCAGGAUGGGCUCCGUAGCUGGUGUAUACCUGCUCCUGCUCCUCUGUAGGCUGGACUUCUCCCAGGGCGUUAACCCCUUUGCCGUGCAGCAGAUCCCACCAGAUCCUUGCUAUGACGAAAAAGGGGCCCCUCGCCGUUGCAUCCCAGAGUUCGUCAACGCAGCCUUUGGCAAGGACGUCCAUGCCUCCAGCACGUGCGGGAAGCCGCCGACGCGCCACUGUGAUGCGUCAGAACCCCGGAAAGCUCACCCAGCAUCCUAUCUCACAGACCUCAACACGGCGGCCAACAUGACUUGCUGGCGCUCGGAGACUUUGCACCACUCUCCUCACAACGUCAGCCUCACCCUCUCCUUGGCCAAGAAGUUUGAGGUCAUCUACGUCAGCCUCCAGUUCUGCUCACCUCGUCCGGAAUCGGCCGCUGUAUUCAAGUCCAUGGAUUACGGCAAGAGUUGGGUCCCUUAUCAAUACUAUUCCUCCCAAUGCCGGAAGAUCUACGGGAAGCCCAACAAGGCCACGGUCACCAAGCAGAACGAGCAGGAGGCCCUGUGUACAGAUGGCCACACCGAUCUCUACCCCUUGACCGGCGGGCUCAUCGCCUUCAGCACGUUGGACGGGCGCCCGUCUGCUCAAGAUUUUGACAACAGCCCUGUCCUCCAAGACUGGGUGACGGCCACCGAUAUCCGGGUCAUUUUCAGCCGUCCUCAUCUCUUCCGGGAACUCGGAGGACGGGACCACGAGGAUGAGGAGGGCGGAGGAAGCUCGUCUUCCUAUUAUUAUGCGGUGGGGGAAUUCCAGGUUGGGGGGCGGUGUAAGUGCAACGGGCACGCCUCGCGCUGCGUGAAGGACAAGGAAGGCAAGCUGGUGUGCGACUGCAAACACAACACCGAAGGGCCUGAGUGCGACCGCUGCAAACCCUUCCAUUACGACCGUCCCUGGCAGAGGGCCACCGCCAGGGAGGCCAACGAAUGUUUAGCCUGUAACUGCAACCUCCAUGCCCGACGUUGCCGUUUCAAUAUGGAACUCUACAAGCUGUCCGGACGCAAGAGCGGUGGUGUCUGCCUCAACUGUCGGCACAAUACGGCCGGGCGGCACUGCCAUUACUGCAAAGAGGGCUUUUACCGCGACGUGAGCAAAUCUAUCUCCGACCGCAAGGCCUGCCGAG